CUCACCAAAUCACCAACUAGCAGUCAGCUAGCUUGUCAGACGAGAAGUACCCAGUAACCCACUGUCAACACGGUAGCUAUUCUUUGAGUGGACACCGAUAAACAGUGAUUUGUUGAGCCGACGAAAACCUGGAAACGCCACGGAGUGAUUUUUUAUUCGAAGUUAACCUGAUAUAGCAGGAUGGAAUUACCACCAGAGAGUACUUUUGAGUGGUACUGCAACAGGACACAGCUCUUCCUCAGCUCUUGGAACAAGGUGCAGUGAACUCCAUGCAUCUCGUGGUGACACUUAAACCCCAGAAGCUGCACAUAGCACUCAGUAAAAGACACUGAGAGGAAAGAACAGAAAUGUUUGCCAAGUUAAAGAAGAAGAUUGCGGAGGAGGCAGCCACAGCACCUCGGAGUGGUGUUCGUAUACCCCGGACCAUCAGUAAGGAAUCCAUCACAUCAAUGGGGGCAGACUCGGGGGAUGACUUUGCUUCUGAUGGCAGCAGCUCCAGGGACGAUCUGCCCGCCCAGCUCCUCAGGAGGAACGAUCAGAUUCGUAAGCUGGAGGCCAAGCUAUCAGACUACGCUGAGCAGCUACGAAUUAUGCAGAAGACCAAGGACAAGCUUGAAAUUGCAUUAGAAAAGCAUCAGGAUUCGUCAAUCAAGAAACUGCAGGACCAGAGUGAGUCUCACCUGGCCAGCAGAGCCAAGAUGGCAGAGGGCAUGACUUUGGCUCUAGAAAAGAAGGAUCAGGAGUGGAUUGAGAAGCUGGAGGCUGUGGAAAAGGAAAAGGCCGCCCUGUCAGCCCGAGUGGAGGAGAUGAUGGAACAAAGCCUGACUCUGUUCCAGAAAAGAGACGACCAGGAUGAACUGGAGGGCUUCCAGCAGCAGGAGCUCGCCAAAGUCAAACACAUGCUGCUGAGGAAGGAGGAGCAGCUGAGCCAGCGGGAGCGGGAGCUGCAGCAGAAGGAGGCUGAAGUCCAGUCAGCAAAGCGAGGGAUGUCCGAGGCUCGGGGGAAACUUCAGAGUCUGGAACAGCAGCAUGAUGAAAGCUGCAGACUCAACGCAGAGCUGGAAAUAGAACGAGAGGAGCUGCUACUGCUAAGAGAAGAGGCCGAUAAAAAGAUUGGUGACCUGGAGGGCCGAUGCCAGCAGCUACAGACUGUCAUCCAGCAGGUGUCUGAAGACUUCCAGAAGUCGCAGAGUAUGGUGUCAACAUUAGAGAGUUCUCUGCAAGAAUUACAGACUGAACAUGAUGCUGUAAAGCUGCAACAACAAAAGGCUGCUGUAACAGAGGAAGAGAAAGAGCGAACGCUGGUGGACCUUCAGAAGAAAGUGACCUCUCUGGAACGACGGCUGCAGGGAAACCUGAGCCAGGACGAACACCUCCAGGAGCUCCUUCAGGAGAAAUCCACCCUGGAGCAAAAUCUGGAGGAGACCAGGGCAGAGCUGCUCACAGUCCGGACAAAUCAUGCUGACACUGUGAGCUCUCUGGAGGCACAGGUGUCCAGAAUGAGCGGAAGCAUUACAGAGCUGCAGACCCUUCUACGACACAAGGAAGAGUCAUCCAGGGCCUACAGAGAGAGAACAGACACACAAAUAUCGAAUCUGGAACAGCAGAUCUCAGAAAGUAAUGAGAGGCUGAAAGUUACUGAGCAACAGAUUACAGAGGAACAGCAGCACACAGAGAAACUGAGAGGGGAGUGGAGUGCAGAGAAGGCCUUCCUCGAUCAGCAGCUGUGCCUGUUAGAGCAGCAGAGUCAGGAAAAAACCAACCGCCUGGAGAAAACCAUCAGCUCUUUACAGACGGAAAAACAGAUGCUGCAGGACAGGGUGGCUGAUCUGGAGAAGCAGAUGAAUGAGGCUCAGUCCACUGUGAAACAAAGGACAGAAGAGCUGGAGGAGAGCAGGGCGGAGCUGAACAGCCGGCAGACAGUAAGCACAGAAAUUGCAAAAGCCCUGGAGGAAACCAGACGACAGAAGGAGGAGCUGCAAACACAGGUUGGAGAACUGACCACAUCCCUGCAAACGUCACAGCAAGAACUGUCCACGGUCUGUGAGAAACUUGCUCUGAGAGAGGAGGACAUCAAAAUGCUCCACAAUGAGGUGCAGAGCCGGGAGGCGUCACUGGUGCAGGUGCAGGAGGAGCUGGAGCGGCAGCGAGCGGAGCUGCAGCAGAUGCAGCAGGACAAAGACUCUGAGUUGAGGAGCCUGAGGGAGGAGCUGCUCAGCCAGACGCAGCAGUUAGACAGCUGCCAGGCCCGGAUCUCGUACCUGGAGGUGGAGGUUGAAACCCUGACAGAACAACUGCAGAGCCCUGAGGUGUGUGAGGAGGAGCAGAAUGGUACAGUGACGGUGGACGAUCUGGACCACAUUCAGAAGGUCAACAGAGACCUGGAGCAGCAGCUCAGCGACAAGAACAGGACGAUUAAGCAGCUGCAGCAGAGAUUGGCUGAACUGAAGAGGACUCUGCAGAAGGAACUGAAGCUAAAACCUGAGCCAGAAACAGAAGGGAAGGAGAAAGCGCCAGAGAGUCGAGCAGAGAAACAGGAGACAGUUUAUCCAGUCCUACCGCCAGCGUCCAGCCCCAGUCCCCCAACCUCCAACACCACCGUGACCAACACUUCUGACCUCAAUGACUCUAGAGAAAUCAACUUUGAGUAUCUCAAACACGUCGUCCUCAAGUUCAUGUCCUCCAGAGAUGCUGAGGCGUACCAGUUAAUACGAGCUGUGUCUGUGCUGCUCAACUUCACUCGUGAAGAAGAGGACAUGUUGAAGCAGACGCUGGAGUACAAGAUGUCCUGGUUUGGAUCCAAGCCUUCUCCAAAGGGUAUCAUCCGGCCUUCAAUCUCAGGCAGUUCAUCCCACUGGAGCUGAUGAGCGGCAGACAGAGCUGAGGUGAUGAAGAGCGAAAGAAGAGACAAAGGACCGACUCAAGGAGGAGGAACGUCCUUUCUGUGGCAACUCCCAUCACUGAGCAAGGACUCGUAGCUUUAAUCUGAACAGCCUCCACAGUUUCCUCUCCAUUUUGUUCUGUGCCUGUGGGAGUAGGACUAUUUUCUGCUCUGUGGGAACAAAGAAGGGCUGUGUGGAAAACUUAUUGUUGAUAAUAAAAUGAAUUUAUUUUCUUGUUGCGGCAGAAGCAGAGAAACUUUUCGCUAAAUGCUGAAGAAAGUAGACAAACGCAUUAAUCACACUGGAGUUUUACUACCCUGAUGUCACAGAUUCAGUGUUUUCAGGUCUGUGUUAAGAGUCAAAGUAUCAGAUUCACAACAAAAGAAAUUGAGCCAGAAUUUUUUUUUGAGGUGUGUCAGUGAGAUUGGAUUUGACUCCUCUCUGGUGGACAAACGGCACAGGCUUUGGUUGGAGACGGACCUUUAGCUCGGCAUGUGUGGCUUAUUUUAAAUGAGAGGCUUUCGUAGUAAGAAAGUGUCAUUUUAAUGACCUGUGUGGGAGAGUUACUUGAAUAUUGGCUGCCAAAUGGAAAUUAAUAGCUCAGAAUUGUGAGAAAGGACCUGAGUUUGUCACUUGUAGAGUUUGAAGCUGCUUUUAAAUUCAAGCCAAACACCAAACGUUUUACCCGAUUAUUAGUGAAUUAGUUUUCCUGUGUAAGCUAUGAAAAUGUUCACAAGAUGGAGAUACAUCUGACUAUGUUUUGAUGCAAUAGGAGAAGGCAAUUUAGUUAUGUUUCAGCAUUUAAAUCAUUAGAAGUAUUUGAUCAUUGUAGUCUGUUAUAGUGGCUAAUGGGUCUAAACGCCUUACUGCUUAUUAUCAGACUGUUACUAUCAGGAGUUCAGCCUCCAAACAAAUCGUGUUUUCGUCAUUUUGUUUGAGUUGAUCCUGUUCUAACCACAGCUUUGGGUCCCUUAGCACAAAUCUACAUGACCAUUUGGGAAAAUUAACAAUAAAAACCGUGAAUGCUUUGUAAAUGAUGACUGGAGAACAUAUUCUACCUUUACCUGCCUUUGCUAAAUGUAAAUGAAAGUACAUUCCACAUGUGUAUUUAUAUAUAGAAUUAUGUACAUAUGCAUUGAGAUCUUUAUAAAUCUGUGGAUGUAAAUGGUUUGAUGUGACCGGUUGCAGUAUUUAUCAUGAUCACAGACCCAUACUGUCUUUUUGUUCCCACCUCAGCCCUUUACUGUCCCCUUUCCAUGACCAUGUGAGGUUAUUUUUACAUGAGCUUGGUGCCAAGGGGAAUCUGCAUGCCUGCUGUUAAUCUGCAUUGUUAAAUCCCUAAAGCAGCCUUUAACUGUUCUCAUUAUAUCAAAGGCCAGAAGACUCCGCAUUUGAAUCCACUCCAAUUACAUAAACACAUUACUGAAAUCAAGGAAAUAUCAGCUUUAGGUCCAGCAAUGAGGCUGUCUGACUGGAAUUUGAUGUCAUACCUUUUUUGUACGUUGGGAUGCAAGAGUACAACAGUACGCGCAGCUCUGUCACCGUGUGUUUUCUAAUGACAGGUAGCUGAUGCAGUCACCUGGGUCAUAUACUGUCUCCAUGAGAAUCUAAGAAACAAUGAAUGCACUUUUGAAUCUUAUUGAUCCUGCUGCGUUAAACCCUUAAAAACAAACUGUACAAUCACUACAGCUCCUCUGUUUUUUGCUUUAUAUGAUUUAACAAAUGCUUCCACUACAACGGUUUCUUUUCCCACAUUUCUAAAUAAUAAAUCUGAAAUAACAAAAUCUGUUA